AUGCUUGAAGCAGGAGAUAGAGAAAUUGAGGACAUCCUAAGGCAUGCUGGAGGUAGGAGAGCAAAUGAUACAGCUCACCCUGCUGUACCUGUCACUGUUGCUGACAAUCGAACCGCGGUAAAUGAUGGCUGGAGAAUAUCAAAUUUUUUCUCAGGUGAUUUGGUGAAGUACUUCAUGUUCAGAAGGGGCAGAGAUUCUCCAAGCGAUGCUCGAACUGCACUUCUAGUUAUAGCAGUAUUGGUGGCAACAGCGACAUUUCAAGCCGGACUCAACCCUCCAGGCGGUGUUUGGCAGGACACAGACUUAACUGGGGCUCCGUAA